AUGGCCCCCCCCGGCGCGGCCGCGCGGCUGCUGCCCCCACUCAUCCUGGCACUCGCAGGGGCCGCCCGGGGCACGUUCACGGUGGGGGCCUGGCCGCGGGUGGCCGUGGUGCCCUUCGGGGGCUCGGUGGCCAUCAACUGCAGCCGCAGCGCCUGCCCGGUUGGCAACGCCACGCUGGGGCUGGAGACCCCCCUGACCGUCGGCACGGGGCCCGGCGGACGCCGCUGGCAAAGCUUCCGGCUCCUCAACGUCUCCCAAUGGAACCCCGGCACCGCCACGUGCUACGGGCGCUGCGGUGACACCCAAGUCAACGCCAGCGCCGGCAUCCUCGUCUACCGGUUGCCGGAGCGGGUGGUGCUGGAGCCGGUGCCGGCCGUGGCGGUGGGUGAGAGCCGUAACCUGACGUGCCGGGUGGUGGAGGUGGCUCCGGUGGGGAACCUGACGGUGACGUUGCGCCGAGGUGCCGAAACGCUGCGGACGGAGAGUUUCGGCGCCGCCGAGGGCAGCGCCAGCGUGGCCGUCAGUCACCUGCUGACCGUCGGCCCCGGGGACCACGGGCAGGACGUCACCUGCCACGCCGAGCUGUCCCUGCGGCCCCACGGGCCCCUCUUCGCCCGCGCCGCCGUCCCCGUCAAGCUGUCGGUUUUCGCUCUCCCCGAGCCGCCCCAGCUCCAGGCUCCCUCCCGCCUCGAAGCCGGCACCACCGCCAACGCCAGCUGCCGGAUCGCUGGCGCCUUCCCCGCCGGGGACGUCCGCUUUGCCAUCACCCUGGCAGAGCAGAGCCUAAACUUCACCGUGGCGGCAGCCGGGGACGUGCUGACCGCUGUCACCGUGCUCUCACCCGGCACCCCGGGGCGGCAGGAGCUGACCUGCACCGCGGCGGUGGCGACGGUGGCACGGAUGGCACGAACACAGCUCCACGUCUACCGCUUCCCGGCACCCGUCCUGGAACUGAUCCCGGCAUUGGCGCCGGCAGGCAGCGAGGUGACAGUGGUGUGCCACGCGGGGGUCGCCGACCCUCCCACUGUCCGGCUGCAGCUCCGUGAUGCCGACGGGGGGGUCCUGGCCGAGGGGCCGCAGUCCCGGCUGGAGCUGCGGUUGGUGGCCCGGCGGGAGGAUGACGGGCGGCAAUUUGGGUGCCGGGCCAGCCUGGCUAUCGGUGACGGCACGGUGACAAAGGACACGGACACCCGGCUUGUCGUGCUUUACAUGCCCGAAAUGGCGGCGAGUGACUGCCCCAGCAACCGCACCUGGCUGCGGGGGACACGGGAAGCGCUGUCCUGCCGUGCCGCCGGCAAUCCCAUGCCCACCAUCGUCUGCGGCAGGAAUGGUGUCACCGUCAGCACCGGGGAGCCGGAGUUGGUCACCCGUUCCCGAGCCGGCACCUACCUCUGCAAUGCCACCAACAGCCUGGGGACACGGAGCCGGCUGGUCACCGUCCGCGUGGAGUACGAGCCCACCCUGACGGAGAAGGGCUGCCCCACACACCGCACCUGGGUGGAGGGGGAGCGGCGGGAGCUCGCGUGCCGCGCCGACGGGGACCCCCCGCCCAGCACCCGCUGCGCCCGUGACGGUGGUGCCCACCGCGCCCGGGGGAGCCGGGCCGUCAGCCGGGCUGACGCCGGCCGCUACGUCUGCCGGGCCACCAACAAGCACGGCUCGGCUGUCCGCAGUGUCAUCGUCACCGUCGAGUACGAGCCGAGCAUCGGUGAGACGGGCUGCCCGGCGCGGCGGCUCUGGGUGGAGGGGAUGCCGGCGGAGCUGGCCUGUGCCGCCAGUGGGAACCCCCCGCCCCGCGUCGCCUGCGCCAAGCUGGGGGACGGCCAGGACCCCCCCCCGGCGAGCCCCAACGUCACCCGCGCCCACGCCGGCACCUACCAGUGCCGGGCCACCAACACCCACGGCUCUGCCCUCCGCAACGUCACCGUCGCCGUCGAGUACAGCCCCGCCGCGGUGAGCCUACGCGUGCUGCCCUCCGCCAACGUCUCGCGAGGCGCCAGCUUCAGCGUGGAGUGCCGCGCCGAGGGGCUGCCCACCCCCACCUACGGCUGGGCGCUGCCACCAGCCCCCAACCUCCGCUUUGCUGCCGAUAACCGCUCGGUAGCCGUAGCCGGUGCCGCCGCCGCCAACCGGGGGCUUUAUACCUGCACCGCAACCAACAGGCACGGCCGGCGAGCCGGCAGCGUGAUGGUCCGGGUGGACGAGAGCUGGUUGGCACUGCUGGCCUCGCUGGGCUCCUUGGGUGCCGUCACCGCGGUGGGUUUGGCGGCGGCCGGCGGUUAUUACCUGAAGUCGACGGCGUGUAAGAAGGGGGAAUACAACGUGCGGGACGCUGAGGGCUCCUCCGAAGCCGCCUGCCUGCACCGGCAACGGCACGACCGCGGGGAGGUUUACGGCAUCCAGCUCACCCAGCCGUAA